AGCAGUCUGGCACUUCUCUCCUUAGUUUUUUCCAAGCUUUAGAAGAAAUGGGCAGUAACUCAGUGCCUUGCUCCCUUGUUCAUGUUUUUCUAGUCUCCUUCCCGGGCCAAGGACACGUUAAUCCGCUGCUUAGACUAGGCAAGCGCCUUGCUGCAAAAGGUCUGCUGGUCACACUCUCAGCACCCGAACUCAUCGGAAAAGAGAUCCGGAAAGCCAACCAAAUGAGCGAUGAGCCCACCCCUGUUGGUGAUGGAAUGAUCAGGUUUGAAUUCUUUGAUGAUGAAUGGGUAGAGGAUGAAAACAAAGCCUUCUGUGUUGGUGAGUACACGAAACAUCUUGAGGUCGCUGGCCGGAAAAUACUCCCUGGAGUAAUCAAGAAACAAGAGGAACAAGGUCUCCCUGUUGCCUGCAUAAUCAAUAAUCCAUUCAUUCCUUGGGUUUCUGAUGUAGCCGAGACCCUUCACAUCCCAAGUGCUAUCCUAUGGGUGCAGUCUUGUGCGUGCUUUUCAGCAUAUUACCACUACUGUCAUGGCCUAGCUCCUUAUCCCACCGACGCCGAACCCGAAAUUGAUGUUCAAUUGCCAUCUAUGCCAUUGUUGAAGCACGAUGAGAUUCCUAGUUUCUUGCAUCCCACAACUCCUUAUCCAUUCCUGAGGGAGGCCAUCUUAGGUCAGUUCACGAACUUGUCAAAGAGUUUCUGUAUAUUGAUGGACACUUUUCAGGAGCUUGAGCAUGAUGUCAUCAACUACAUGGCGAAGCUCUGCCCCGUCAGGCCCAUUGGACCUUUAUUUAAAAAUCCAAAAGCUCCAGCCUCAAACGUCAGUGUUGAUAUUCUGAAAGCCGAUGAUUGCAUAGGGUGGCUUGACUCCAAACCACCGGCGUCCGUCGUGUACAUAUCUUUUGGAAGCAUUGUUUUCUUGAAGGAAGAGCAAAUCGCUGAGCUUGCAUACGGACUAUUGGAUUCCGAGGUGUCGUUCUUGUGGGUUGUUAGGCCUCGAAGCAAGGACUCCGGCUAUCAAGAAGUGGUGUUACCAGAUGGGUUCCUGGAAAAGGCCGGCGACAAGGGUAAAAUUGUGCGAUGGAGUCCACAAGAACAAGUCUUGGCACAUCCCUCUGUUGCUUGUUUUUUAACUCACUGCGGUUGGAACUCGACGUUGGAAUCACUUGCCAGUGGGAUGCCGGUUUUGGCUUUUCCUCAAUGGGGUGAUCAAGUCACUGAUGCCAAGUACUUGGUGGAUGAAUUCAAAGUUGGGAUAAGAAUGUGCAGAGGUGAUGCGGAGAAUAAGAUUAUUGCUAGGGAGGAAGUGGAGAAGUGUUUGCGGGAAGCUACAAGUGGUCCCAAGGCAGCUGAGAUGAGAGAGAAUGCGAUGAAGUGGAAGCAGUUGGCCGCUGAUGCGGUGGCCGAAGGUGGUACUUCUGAUCGGAAUUUGCAGGAGUUCGUUGACCAAAUCAGGAGCAGGUGUACCUUGAUGCCGCUGGAAAAUGGAAAACAACAGUGAAUUCCGCGCCAUUGACGCUACGUGCCUUGUAUCGUAAUACGAGCAAUACUAGUAAUCCUAGUUCUUCUUCCUUUUUUUCUUUUUUUUUAAAUCCUAAUUCAAUCAGUACUGAUCAUGAAUAAAUGCUGUAUUUUUCUUUUUUUUUUUU